AUGGGCGUCACCGUGCAACAGCCAACCACUCUACAGCCAGCGCACGUUAGACCACCUCCACCAAUGGCACCUCAGCAGAAGUUCACCUACUCUGACAUGUUCCUCGAGAUGAUCCAGGGCAACUCCGUCACAGUCGUCGUGGGCCAACACCCAUCAUCUCGGACCUACACCCUUCCUGCUGCUUUACUCUGCGUUCAUUCCAUUUACUUCCGCGAUCAAAUCGCUCGUAUGAACGCCACAGAGUCAAAAGACCACGCAGCUAGCAAGAAGCGCAAACUCUCCACUUUGCAGGACGAUAAGAAUGCGAGAGACGAUAAGGUGCUGAUAAAAGAGGAAGAUAGAGAGCCUUCUAAGGAAGAAACUACGAAGAAUAACACAAUGAACAAGGGAAAUAUCAUCACGCUACCGGAUGUGGAGCCUGCCAUUUUUGGCCUCUUCCUCAAGUUCAUCUACAAGGACUCAUACCCACCCAACAUCGACGCGAGGCCGAUUUCAAGUAACUCUCAUCGCUAUCCACGAACAGCAGUCACAAAACUGACAACUCCCGUUCCAGCACCUCCCGUAACACCUCAGCAACUACCCUCUAAGACUCCGCUCCAAACAUACGUACAAUCUACUUCCAUACCAGGCCACCCGCUCACCCACCUUCAAAGCCCAGUCCCAACGACCAUGCCACCCCCUCCUAUUCCACACAACAUAACCUCUCCGCAAACCAUCCCGCCCUCGAUCCAAGCCUGGCUCCUCGCCCAACGCCUCGGCGCCCUCUCCUUCAUGAACCACACUAUCCAACACAUCUACUCCGGUAUAGGCUGUUACUUCGCCCUCACACCCACGCUCAUCGACCACGUAUGGCGGGAGACCACACCCUCAUUCUCUCCCAUAACGACGAUCCUAACACCCUCCCCCCUCCGCAACCUCCUCCUCCACAUCCUAACAUCCUACUGGUCGCAACCCCCUUCUCAUCAGCAGAACCCCAACUCUAUUAUCAUGCGCUCGCUACCGGGGUACCAUGCGAAUGCCUCGAAGGGUCUCAAGGACGCGUGGGAUAGGCUGUUUAAUGAGCAUAGGGAUCUGAGGAAUGAGUUCAUUCAUGGACUGCAGGCGGGUCCGGGGCAGCUGGGGGUUGUAGGGGCGUAUUUUGCUAGUUCGACGCCGGUGGUCGUGAGUGGUGGAAGUGAACGUGGAGGCAGGAGUGAGGCUGCGAAGAGGAAGGAAGUCUUCAGGCCAGUGGUUCGGGAAGGAGCAAAUGCUGCGGCUAGAAAAGAGAAGGGCCAUGAGGACUGUGUGAUUAUCAAGGAGGAGAAAGAUGAUGAGACGAAGGUUUUGGGUGAGGCAAAGGAGUUUCAGGACUGA